UUUAUCCCGCUGGAUGGUAAAGCGAAAUGGUACAUGCCCCAAAUUCCUGAACGGGCCACGGAAGCGCGAAAAUUAGAGAAAUCAAAAUAAAACCCUCAACCCUAGGGUUUUAACCCCAGCUCUCAAACUCAAGGUCCUUCAAUGGCGAACACCAAUUCAGUAGACUCUUCUCUCUGGUGGGACCCUUUCUCUCUCCUCCUCACUGAGCUUGAGAAUGCUUCUCUCUCCUCCGACCUCCCUCCCUAUCUGGUGAAGAAGUUGAAGGAAAAUCGUGCUUGGUUCGUAAACACUCUGUCUUUCUUCAGGCCUCCCAAUGCGAAGUCGAGGGAGGCUUUGCAUUCUCGGGAACUGAAAAUUGGGUCUCACCUGUUGAAUAUACGGCCUGAAUUGAAGGAUCAGGCUUUGGAGAUCAGUUCCUUUUUGUAUCUUGAUGAGGUGCAAUCGUACAUUAUUGUCGAAAGAGCUGCUGAGAAAAGCAAUUUAGCUUUUGACUCUAUGCUUCAAGAACUUGUUCAUGUGAUACUGCUUGAAUACUAUAUUGAGCGGCAGUGCCUGCUAAAAUGUACCCGAAGGAUUCUCAUUCAUGCCUUAUCUUUAGAAAAUGGCUCCAAAGAUGGUAACAAUAUUGGGGAGGAGGCCCUAGGGCUGAUAUCUGAGGGAUUGGAAAGCAAAAUAAUAUCUGUUCUACAAGACCUUUUAGCAUCCAGUCACCCUGACCAGAUGGAUGUUGACCUUUUCACACUUUGGGCUGAGGAGACGCUGAUUGAAGAUAAUCUGAUUUUGGACAUUCUUUUUCUUGCUUAUUAUGAGUCAUUUUGUACUUGCAAUGGUGAGAGGUGGAAAAAGUUGUGCUUUCUCUAUAAGGGAAUCUUGUCUGGGUCCUAUAACUUUGAAAAGCUGACCGUAUCAACAGAAGCAUAUCGCUCAUCCUAUCAAGCCAAAAUUCAAUUGUUGCUUAUACUCAUAGAAACUUUGGAUCUGGAAAAUCUUUUGCAAUUGGUUCAUGAUGAAAUGCCUUGGAGGCAGGGUGCUUCUCCAUUUUCCUUGGUUGAUAUCCAAGAGAUGGAUUCAAUAAUUUCAAGUUUCAAUGCUUUUGAAACAAAGGAAGCAGGCCCCUUAAUACUAACUUGGGCAGUGUUUCUUUGUUUGAUUUCAUCACUUCCAAGGAAAGAAGAAAACGAUGUGAUAAUGGAUUUUGAUCAUGUUGGUUAUGUUCGUCAAGCUUUUGAGGCUGCAUCUCUCAGUUCUUUUCUUGAAAUCCUUCAGAGUGAUAUAUUCAGUGAGUCAGAUGGACCUGUUGCUGGUUAUCGGAGUGUACUGAGAACUUUUAUUUCUGCAUUUAUUGCAUCAUAUGAGAUCAGUCUUCAGCUGGAAGACAGUACCCUAAAUUUAAUAUUGGAUUUUCUUUGCAAAGUUUAUCGGGGAGAGGAGUCACUUUGUAUGCAAUUUUGGGAUAGAGAAAGUUUUGUUGAUGGUCCUAUUCGAUGUCUUCUUUGCAACUUGGAAGGCGAAUUUCCUUUCAGGACGAUGGAACUUAUUCGUUUAUUAUCCUCCCUAUGUGAAGGAAAUUGGCCAGCAGAAUGUGUGUAUAACUUUUUAGAUAAGUCUGUGGGCAUUUCAUCAUUGUUUGAAAUUACUAGUAAUUCCUUGGUCGAUGAUGUCUCACAAAUUGUGGAAACACAUGUCCCGUUCCAUAUUCCGGGUAUUGAAGGUUUGCUGAUUCCCAGUAAUACACGUGGACAUAUUUUGAAAAUAGUUGGCGGAAAUACUGCUCUUGUACGAUGGGAGUAUACGCAUUCUGGGGUGCUGGUGUUGCUCAUGCGUCUAGCCCAGGAGCUGUACGUGGAUAGCAGUGAGGAAGUUCUUCUUACUCUUGAUCUACUUUUUCGGAUGGUAUCCUUUAACACGGCUGUAUGUUUUGCUAUGAUGGAUAUUGGCAGCUCAUUGCAUAUUCACACAACUGGCAUGAAUGGGCAGAUGGAAAGUAGUAUGUGGGUAGUUGAGAUCAUCUGCACUUUGGUCAGGAAGUUGUCUCCUAAUUCCAGGAAUGCUGCUGUAAUGUCUCUGGGGAUUAAUACUUUAGCAAAGAUGUUAAAAUGUUCCCCUUCAAAUGUUGCUGCAGUGACUUUGAAGGCUAAUAUCUUUGAUGUGCCUUUAAAGAUGAGUGUUCUUGACGCUGGCAGUUAUGGUUCAUCAAGUGGAUCGUGGUUGCUUUCUGGAAAACUGGCAAAGAUGCUGUUGAUUGACUGUGAGCAGAAUGAUAACGACUGUCCUUUGACUAUAUCAGUGCUGGAGUUUACCAUACAGCUCAUGGAAACAGGAUUUGAGAAUGAUGCUGUCCUAGCUCUUGUUGUUUUCUCUUUGCAGUAUGUUCUGGUUAACCAUCAAUACUGGAAAUACAAGGUGAAACACACACGCUGGAGAAUAACACUGAAGGUGCUUGAACUGAUUAGAAAGGGCAUUAUGAUAACAUCCUACUCUGAAAAGCUGGGUGAGAUCAUCCGGGACAUGUUACUUUGUGACUCUUCAAUUCACAACACUCUUUUUCGGAUUGUUUGCACGACUUCACAAGCGUUGGAGAAACUCUACACUAGUCGUCUCUUUGAUCUAGUGGAGAUUGAGGGUUUAACAGUUGCUAUCUGUUCUGUUUUGGAUAUUCUUUUCAACAUGCUGUCCAAGUUUUCAAAGGAUAUGUCUUCCAGCCUCCCUAUCUUUCUCCAAUCGGUGAUAUCAUCGGGAAUCAAACCAAUUCCUGUAGUUGCUGCUAUUGUAUCCUUGAUAUCUUAUUUUCGCAAUCCUGCCAUACAAAUUGGUGCUGCUAAAGUACUAUCAAUGUUGUUGAUGCUAGCUGAUGUCCUACAACAGUGUCUGAAUGGAAGCAGCUUUGGUAUAGAUGAUAAACAGAUCACAGAAUUGAGGCAUUCUGUUAGCUAUAUACUGCUUCAGCAGUCGGUAGGCCAGGAAGAUUUAUUUGUUGCUAUAGUCAAUCUUCUCACUUCUGCAGCUUGUUAUCAGCCAGCUUUUUUUGUUGCUGUAUUUUCCACCCAAGAGAAUUUGGAUGUACGACCGAAUAAUGCUAGUGGUGUCAUGCUGCCAGGAGAUGAAGUUUCGCUUAAGGCAGUGGACUCCAAAAAGUCAAGUCUCGUGGAUGCACUCCUUGGAUUUGUUGUAGACUCUGAUGAUAUUAUCAAUAGUAAUCCUCGUGUACUAUUUAGUAUACUUAACUUCUUCAAGGCACUGUGGCAAAGGGCGUCUCAAUAUACUAGUUUCUUGGAUUCCCUGAAAAGCUCUGAGAAGUUCUGGAGACAAUUGUCCAAUUUUAUUUUGCUUACCUCUGGUGUGGACAAUCCUUCAGUCGAAAAUUUGACUGAGAUGGAAGCUCUAAAUCUAGCAUACAGAUAUCGGUGUCAAUCUGUCAUAAUGGAAAUAAUGGCGUAUGACAUGUUCCUGCAGAAAAAGUUGUUAGAUGUGGAGCCACUUGCAAAACAAGCUCCUGAGUCCAGGGACAGGGUAGAAAAUUCAAUUAGCACUAAAAAAUCGAAUGCUACAAAUCUGUGUGAUCAAAGGAAUAUUCUCUCAUCCUGGUUUCGCACUUCUGUUUUAGACAAUCUGAUCAAGUCUCUUGCUUCUUACGAUUAUGACAAUGAAUCUUAUUUUCUUGCAAAGGUUGCUGCCAGUUUAGUCACUGUGCAUGUGAUUGGGAAAUUAGCAGCCGGUGAUUCGGGGAGUUUGUCUAUUUCAUCCCUUGAGAAGAUCAAUACAUUGUCAAAUAAGCUUAGAAGUCAUCCUGCAUUUUCUGAAUUGUUACUUCAAUAUUCAAAGCGUGGUUACAGUGAAGGGAAAGAGCUAAAUAAUUUGGUACUCAGUGAUCUUUAUUAUCAACUACAAGGAGAGCUAGAAGGCCGUAAAAUCAGCAGUGGACCAUUUAAGGAACUCUCUCAGUACUUGGUAGAAUCAAGAGUUCUUCAGGCAUACCAUAAGUACGAUAUUGACCCUUUUGUGACUGCCAAAGAUUUGUACUUGUUUGACCUUGUGCAUGUACGAGCUGAAUUGGGAUUAGAUCUUUGGGAUCAUUCAAAGUGGAAGACAUCUAAAGCAAUUGUAGAAAGAAUGUUGAAAUACAUGCAGGAUGCAAAUUCAAUGGUGUUGCUUGCAAAUUCAAAGCUUUCUGCGUUGAAAGCACUAACAAAUGUCAUAAUCAUCUUCGAGAAUGACUCACUGGGGCAACAGACAGCAACUAAGGAGAAGUCUUCUGAUCAAAUUGUACUAUCAUGCAUAGACCACAUAUGCCGGUGCUUUCGUGCCACAGUAGAAUCUUUAACUCCAUUUAUGGGUGCCUCUACAGAUACCUUUCAUUUCCUUACGGCCCAAGCAGAAUUGCUUCUCCAUCUUAUGCAAUCAAGACAUAAAAGCGUCACCUUAUCUAUUUGCAUACUUGUCUUAAAAACAUCAGGUUCUGGUCUUAAAGUGUUGACCGACUUCAGGCCAUCAGUUGAUGAGGUUAACAAUACAUUGAACCUCUUGCUGUUGUUGCUUCUCUCAACGGUGGAGUUUAGUUGUCUAAACUCACAAUUUGGUGGGAUAUUCGAUGUGGAAUCUGUUGAAGACAUAGCUAAAUUUUCUAAUGUGUGUUUGGGGCUAUUACCUGUUCUCUGCAACCGUAUUGCCACGGCUGAGCAUUGCACCCUCGCCUUGACUAUUGUUGACUUGAUACUAAGAAGUUUUUUAACACCUAACACUUGGUUCCCCAUUGUACAGAAUCACCUCCAGUUGCAGUAUGUUAUUAUGAAGCUUCAGGAUAAGAAUUCUUUUUCAUCCAUAUCCAUAAUAAUGAAGUUCUUUUUGACACUAGCCCGUGUGAGAGAAGGUGCUGAGAUGCUUCUUAAUUCUGGUUUUCUCUCAUCUCUGAGACUUUUGUUUUCUGAAAGCUUGGGCGAUACACCUUUCAUGUUAACCAAUAAUAAGGGAAGUCUGUCCAUCUCUUCUGAAAAAAUUGAAAAGCCUCAACAAAUCUGGGGACUUGGAUUGGCUGUCAUCACAGCGAUGGUUCAGUCCUUAGGAGAUGGUUCUUCAUGUGUGGAUUUUUUGGAUAAUGUGAUUCCCUACUUAUUUUGUGAGAAAGCAUACAUGAUUUCUUAUUAUCUCAGUGCACCAGACUUUCCAUCUGAUGACCAUGACAAGAAAAGACCUCGGGCACAAAGGACUCCAUCAUCCCUGACUACUCUUAAAGAAACUGAGCAUACUCUCAUGCUAAUGUGUGUGCUGGCAAAGCAUUGGAAUUCAUGGGUUAAGGCCAUGAAGGAAAUGGAUUCGCAUCUGAGAGAACAAAGUAUCCAUCUUUUAGCCUUCAUUAGCAGGGGAACUCAACGUGUUGGAGAAUCUCCUAGUGCAACUGUCCCUCUUUUAUGUCCUCCUGUCCUCAAAGAGGAGUUUGAAUACUGCAAGAAACCAUCAUUUAUCAACAGCAGAAAUGGAUGGUUUGCUCUUGUGCCUCUUGGAUGUGUCUCAAAACAAAAGUUCCCAGCAGUCUCUACCACAACUGCUUUAAUAAUCAGAAGUAGAGCAACCGAAAAUGCUCAACAUGCUUCUCAAACAUACUUCUCUGACGAAGUUGCGCUACAAAUCUACCGAAUUACAUUUCUCCUUUUGAAAUUUCUCUGUUUGCAAGCUGAGGGCGCUUCUAGAAGGGCAGAGGAGGUGGGUUAUGUUGAUCUUGCCCAUUUUCCUGAGCUUCCGAUGCCUGAAAUUUUACAUGGCUUGCAGGAUCAAGCAAUUGCCAUUGUAACCGAGUUGUGCGCGGCCAACAAAUUGAAGCAGAUUCCAAAACAGGUCCAGAACAUUUGCUGCUUGUUACUGCAAAUAAUGGAGAUGGCCUUAUACUUGGAGCUUUGCGUCCUACAGAUAUGCGGCAUAAGACCUGUAUUGGGACGCGUAGAGGACUUCUCAAAAGCAGUUAAACAGUUGAUUAGAGCUACGGAGGGACAUGCUUUCCUAAAGGGGUCAGUGAAGUCCUUGAAACAUAUAAUAUCGUUUGUCUACCCCGGAUUGUUACAGACCGAGGAGUUGAUGUAAGAAACUUGUGUGGAUAUAGCUGAAUACUAUAGUUUUCAAUGCCACUUGGCAAACAAAUUGUUUAGGGGAUUCCUAAUGUCAAUAUUGAUUGAAACACUUUUUUACUAUUAAAAUUCAAUUUUUGCUCAAA